UGCAUGCUCCUGUUCUUACAACUUGUAAUGGCCAGCUAAGAUUGAGCUGCUGAGGGAGCUUGAUGAAAUGACUGUUGCUAAGUGACUGUUGAGGGAAGGCCAAAGGCAGCUGGUUUCUCAGCAAAAGUGAUAGAAUAGUCUUGCUUCUGUGCUAUCCUCUUCUCUACUGCCUGAUGAAAUUUUUGCCAUUAAAACAUAGAGACAUUUUGACAUGUAAAGCCCUGCAUUGCUGAGACCCAGUAUAAUGACCCCCUGUCAUCCUAGCAUAACACCUGCAAAUAACUUAAAACACAGUCUGCACCAGGUUGAGCACACGGAAAGAGGUAUUUUCAGUUCCCGUCCCACAAAUAUGGAGCUCCUUGAAGAGUCUCUAAAGUUAUUUAGCUUGUUAUCUUUUCCUCCAAUUCUGUAUUCCUGUAGUUGUCCCGUUUCUAUGGAACAGCCUGCCUGGUAGUGGCUGCUUUUGCUUCCGUUUGUGGACUGUAAGGAAGACUUAUAAACACCAUGUGAAUGGAAACAGCAUGGUCGAACCUUUUCCAGAGGGAACACACAUGGCAAUAUUUGGGAUGGGCUGCUUCUGGGGCGCAGAGAGGAAAUUUUGGCGGCAGAAAGGAGUCUACUCAACUCAAGUGGGCUAUGCAGGAGGACACACCCCUAAUCCCACCUAUGAAGAGGUCUGUUCAGGGAGAACUGGCCAUACCGAAGCUGUGCGAGUGGUAUUUCAGCCAGAAACCAUCAGCUUUGAGAAACUGCUCAAGGUCUUCUGGGAGAAUCAUGACCCGACACAAGGGAUGAGGCAGGGGAAUGAUGUCGGCACGCAGUAUCGGUCUGCCAUCUACACGUUUUCCCCAGAACAGAUGGAGGCGGCUUUGAGAUCCAAAGAAGAUUACCAAAAGGUGUUGACGGAGAAAGGCUUCGGCACGAUCACCACUGAGAUCCGCGAGGCUCCAGAGUUCUAUUACGCUGAAGAAUAUCACCAGCAGUACCUCAGCAAGCACCCUAAUGGCUACUGCGGACUUGGAGGCACUGGGGUCUCCUGCCCCAUCGGCGUCUAAAAGUGAUUUUCCCUCCUGCCUGCCACCUCAGCACCUUAAAGCAAGAUGCCAGACACAAAGGGACACGCUCUGGAUCUUUCCUACAAUUUGGCUGCAGUCUUUGGGGUGCUCUCCCCACGAGUGAAUGCCGAGAAAUCAAAGGCACCUGCUUGCAAGGAAAGGCUGAGAGCUGAGCUAUACGUUUAGCAGAGCCACAUGCCUGGGAGUCCUUGUUGGACUCCACCACUUCAGGACGCAGACGGGGGAAAUCACUUUUGUUUCAUGCUCCUCCAUUUAAGUAAAAAUGAAUUCACAGAAUGAAGAAAAUCAGCUCAUCAGUGUACUACCAUAGCCUGGAAUAUUAGUUUUCUACGCACAAAGAGUUUGGGUUUUUUUAAAAAAAGAAAGGGGAGCAUUCAAAAUUGCACUCCCCCAAUCUACAUUCUGAAGUGGUGCAGUCCAGGAAGGCCUGUCAUGUGUAAUUUUGCAGAAUCUACCUGGCUCAGAAUCCCAACAAAAACACCUAGGUGAACAUAGUCUCUGCAAUGGAACCCAGGGUCGGACUGGGUGUUUCCCGCCGUGUGCCAACAUUAGCCCUGUUAUCUGAAGGGGGUUUGGAAGGCAAGGCUGUGUGUUCCCAUGCAGGAGAGAGGAGAGAUGGAAAAACAAGAUGAUGGGGUGAAAGCCCCCGGGAGAGGAUUUUGAGAAGCAGACAACGGAGAAAGAGCAAAGCAUCUGCACACCCCUCCAGCUUCUUUGCUGUAAAUGCUCAUACUUGCAAAGCCCCCGUUUGGUUGUUCAAGCCCCGUUCACGGGGUUAGAAUAUUUUGCAGGGUUGGCGGGGAUAUUCUGGUUGCCCCCACCUUCUGUUGUGUCCCUGUCACCCAGCUCCCACCACCCUCCAUGCACUAGGCCUGAAGGUUUGAAGCAAGCAGCCUCUGCAGCCUCUCCCCCCCCCCACGAUUUAGAAGCCUAGUUUUGUUAGAGUUCUAUAUCACCAGCAUGACACCCCAUCAUGAGGAAAGCAGGCUCCCACUUCACAUCUUCCAACGCCAAUACAUGCAGGGGGUUAGGGGCAGGCAACGAGAAUGUGACAAGAGAGGGGUGGGGAUGACAAGAAUGGUCCCUCUUCUACCACGAUGGAAUCCUGAAGGUGUGAAUAGGGCCCCAUUCAUUUUGAAACUGGUGCCAGAGCUCAGUUAUAUCAGUCUGUUUUCAGCUAAUGCCUUAAUUCUGUGGAUUCAGGCCACCGAUCUUUUAUGUAUGCUCUUGCAGAAGUUAAUUCUGUCGGAAGGUAUUUCGGGAGGGGAGCUACGUGGGCACAACUCAGUUGCUUUUGCAGCUGUGGUAUAUAAAGCUGCUAUCCUCUUGGGGUGGGGAAUCUGCUGGAAAUAAGUGUGAAAAUUGAGAGCUUGGACUGUGCAGAAGUCUCUUGACUGAAGGAGGAGCCACAAGGUUUGAUUUCUGUAGCAUCAAAUGUGCAGUUUUAUAAGAUCUUCGGCCCCCGGGUACCCUUCUGUUACUGCCCCAGAUGUCUGUGGCAUGCAAUUCCCCCCCCCCCACUGAAAUGACUUCUGUGAUUCCCUCCCCACUCCUUCACUCAGUUGUAAAGAAUGCAGUUGUUUCUUAUUUGUGAGAGCAGCUGUGACAUGGGGAAAGCUAAAGAAACCUGGGUUCUCUUGACCCACGUGGUGGUCUGGACCAGUAAGGAGACUGUAUCAAAUGUAAUGCAAUAAAGAGCUACAGGUUGCUAAGGAAAAAAAAA